AGUCUGUCUCUCUCACAUCUGCGAUCAAUUGUGUUCUCACACUUUCCCCUUGGUUUUCUCGGCGGCUUUCCUUUUUACUCCCAAUCGUUUCUUUCCAUUUCUUUGGGAUUAAAAUCUUCCUCCUUUCCUCAUGUCGGACAAAGGUCGUCCCUUGCCCAAGUUUGGUGAAUGGGAUGUGAACGAUCCAGCAUCAGCUGAAGGCUUCACAGUGAUAUUCAACAAAGCUAGGGAUGAGAAAAAGACAGGUGGCAAACCCGGAUCACCUGGUAAAUCCACUGAUGGGCAUGCUAAGUCCGGAGGAGGAGGAGGAGGAGAUCCUAGUAAACCCCAGCCUAAAAAAUGGCUCUGCUGCAUGCAAUCUCCAGCUGUGGACUCCUGAAUGACACACAAAGAUGAAUUUUGCUUUGCUGCCUCCCCAAAGAAAAGCACAUUGCUUAGAGAUGAUCAUCUAAAGCAAUGUUAUUUUAUGUUUUUUAUUGUCUUUCUUGAAAGUACCCACAAAAAUAGUUCCUAAGAUGAGUUGGAGCCACCCACUUUAGUAAUCACGAUCCACGAUUAUGAUUUCAUCUCUGAAGUUGUUUGUUCUUCUUAAAAAUGCUGUAAAAUCGUGUUGCCACUGUAUCUAUUAUGUAAUGCUUCUUCAUAUGGGUCGUUUUUGGUUUCAUUUAUCUUGCAUUUUUCCUUGAUUUUAUCAUAUACCAGAUACCUUUCUGUGGCUCCUCUGAAAUCACAAAUCAAAAAUGUGCAACGUUUUGUAAAAUGUCGAUAUUAUAUUUAAUAAAUAAAGAUCUUAUCUCGC